UUUAACGAGGUGAAAUCUCUACUGAAAUAUUAUCCGAUAAGAGAUUCGAGAGACAGAUAACGAAUAAUCCGACUAUCGUAAUCUCCAUUCGAUCCUAAAUAAUUGGAGGGGUCGAUUAAUGAUCAUAAAAUCAUGAACAUCACCUGGUGAUCAGUAGUAGACACUCUACACGGAGAGCAAUAUUCAAGAAAAAUUACGGAACAUUUCACGUAAUCCGCAAGUGAAGCAAUCAUCCCAUAAAUUCUACCAUCUGUUCCGUAAAAAUUACUCCUCCGUCCGAGGAUGAGUGAGGAGGGGAUUUUUACGGAACGAUUCAUAAUUUUUCCUUGAACAUCCAAGAAUUUUUAUGUUCUGAGGCAUAAUAAGUCUUGAAGUUUGGUUCGAUUUUAAAACUUCCAGAAAAAUUAGGUAACUUUUUCGUAUUAUUUCGGUGAUGUGGAAUUUAUUCCCUGAAAACGAUUAUUACUGGCGGAUUACGUGAAGUGUUCCAUAAUUUUUCUUGAAUAUUUCUCAUCGUGUAAAAUAAAAAAAAAGCAACAUUUUAUUAGAAAUUAGUUAGAAAUGCCGAAAUUGUGGAUCAUCCUCCUGGUAUGCGGCCUCUCAGUGACCAUAGGACGUGGCGUCGUCCUGGAGGACGUCACCAAGGGAAAGGAAGAUGAUGUUAAGUGUUUCGGAAUCGGCAGUAUCGUCGCUAAAAUCCUCCAGUGGAUUUUUCGAGAGCCUCCUGUCUCUUCCAGAGACGGACGUGUCAGGUUCCUGGUGCAUUCCCGGACUUCCCAGGUCCCCUAUCAACUUUUUGCUGAGGACGAUCAGUUCGAAAUAUCUUUUUCCAGUUUCAAACCUGAACGGAGAACUGUCUUCAUUGUUCAUGGAUUUUUAGCUCACGGUGAACAAGCCUGGAUACAGAAAAUGGUCAAGGCGUAUCUUGAAUUUGAUGAUGUCAAUGUUAUAGCAGUUGACUGGAGUCAAUACUCAAAUAUUCUGAACUAUUAUAAAGCCGUUGUCAACGCGCAGAACGCUGCAUGUGCAAUUCUUAAAUUCCUCCAGCUGACGGUAGCAUCUUACCGGGAAACCAGAGAAUGGGGGGAUAUUCACUUGAUUGGACAUAGUUUAGGUGCACACGUGAGUGGAAUGGCAGCAGAUGGGUUCAAGGAGAUGGUCAGCAGGUGGAAGAUCACCAGGAUAACAGGAUUGGACCCAGCGCAACCCUGUUUUGCUGCCAGUGACUUAUCAUUGGGAAAAACAGACGCGCCAUUCGUGGACAUCAUCCACACGAAUGGACAAUUCUUUGCAGGCAUGGGGCUCGGCAUGAAGGACCCAAUAGGCCAUGUGGAUUUCUAUGCAAAUGGUGGACAACGCCAGCCGGGAUGUUCUAAGGAAGUAUCUAUAUGGGAAAAACCUCGUGCUGAAAUAAUGGAAUCAGUCUGCAGUCACAAGCGCUCGUAUGAAUAUUUCAUCGAGUCGUUGCAACUGGCAGCUAGAAAUAUGAGUAAUAAAUUCUGGGGGCAUGAGUGGAAUCAAUCGCCGAUUGAUGCAGCAGUUUUUGUCGGAAAAGAUUGUGAGGAUGAGAACUGCGUAGAAAUGGGAAUCAAUGCUGAUAAAUAUGAACACAGGGGUGUCUUUUUCGUUUCUACUGGGAGUACAAACCCCUACGUCGUUAUCACAGAGUUGGAUCGACAGGACAUUCUGGAACAAUUGGAGAUCGACGGCUCUUCCAUAAAGUGAUAAUAUAUAUAAUAUUUUAUACUAUUGUAUAUUCACGGCAUUGAUUGUUUUUUUUAACGGAGAAAUAUAAAAACUCAUAUCACUUCAGGAUUUUUUUUAUUUGUUUCAAGCGACUUUCCUAUUUCCUGGGACAAUAAAUGGUAUCUGAUGCAAGUGUGAUGUUAAAAAUUUAGGAUUUUGGAAAUUCAGGCUUCAAUCCGAGCAAAAAAAAUGUAUUCAGUAAUAACAUAA